GGAUGAUGUUUGAUCUCAUGGAUGGUAAAGUGGCAAGAUGGAGGAGAACAGCUAGCUUAUUGGGACAGGAGUUAGAUUCACUAGCGGAUCUGAUAUCAUUUGGUGUGGCUCCAGCUGUAUGCGCCUUUUCUGUAGGAAUGCGUACGUUUCUUGACACCAUAAUUCUUACAAUUUUUAUUGCCUGUGGGAUUGCUCGUCUUGCACGAUAUAAUGCUACCGUUGCAUCUAUUCCUAAGGAUGCAUCUGGAAAAAUAAGUUAUUUUGAAGGGACUCCUAUUCCAACGACUCUAUGUAUCGUUGCUCUGAUCGGUUAUUUGGUUAAAAAUGAACAGUUAGAAGAUCAUCUUCCUGGAGGUGUAAUUAAUUUAUCAACACGUGUGGCUUUUCAUCCAUUUGUAUUGUUAUAUGGAAUAAGUGGAAUUGCGAUGGUUAGUAAAACCUUGAAAAUUCCAAAAAUUUGA